GGAUCCCUAACCCGUGACGUCACAUUCGGGCGACACUCAUCUUUGUCAGUGAACAAAAUGGCGUCUUACUGUUUGACUGUCGCUAAGCUGCGGCUUGCCCUUGGAACCGGUGCGAGGCGAUUUCACGUCUCUGCAGCCUUCAGCGCCAGAGCCAAGGUGUCCAUGAGCCGCUUUGAACCGGGCUCCAGCAUUAACUAUGAGAGGAUGCACGAGAACAUCACCACUGUACGCAGGAGGCUCAACAGGCCUCUCACUCUGUCGGAGAAGAUCGUGUACGGUCACCUGGACGAUCCUGCGGGGCAGGAGAUUGACCGCGGCCGCACAUAUCUGCGCCUGCGUCCAGACCGCGUGGCAAUGCAGGAUGCUACUGCUCAAAUGGCAAUGCUUCAGUUCAUCAGCAGCGGUCUGCCAAAGGUGGCUGUUCCCUCAACCAUCCACUGUGAUCACCUAAUCGAAGCUCAGAUCGGAGGGCCUGAGGACCUGCAGAGGGCUAAGGAAGUGAACCAGGAGGUGUACAACUUCCUUGCAACUGCUGCAGCCAAAUAUGGAGUCGGCUUCUGGAAACCAGGCUCAGGGAUCAUCCAUCAGAUCAUCUUGGAGAACUAUGCCUAUCCUGGAGUGAUGCUGAUUGGCACGGACUCCCACACUCCCAACGGUGGUGGUCUGGGUGCCAUAUGUAUUGGAGUGGGUGGAGCUGAUGCCGUGGAUGUCAUGGCUGGAAUCCCUUGGGAGCUCAAGUGUCCCAAAGUGAUCGGAGUGAAGCUGACGGGAGCCCUCUCUGGAUGGACAUCUCCGAAGGACGUCAUUCUGAAGGUGGCUGGCAUCCUGACUGUGAAGGGCGGCACUGGAGCCAUCGUUGAGUAUCACGGUCCUGGAGUUGACUCAAUCUCCUGCACUGGAAUGGCCACCAUCUGUAACAUGGGUGCUGAAAUCGGGGCCACCACAUCUGUUUUCCCGUACAACCACCGCAUGAGGACAUACAUGGAGAAAACCGGCCGUGGAGAGAUCGCCUCUGUGGCUGAUCAGUUCCAAGACGACUUGGUCCCAGAUAAGGGCUGUGAAUACGACCAGGUCAUUGAGAUUAACCUGAGUGAGUUGAAGCCCCACAUCAACGGACCCUUCACUCCUGACCUGGCCCACCCUGUGUCUGAGAUCGGGGCCAUAGCCAAGAAGAGCGGCUGGCCCCUGGAGGUUAAAGUUGGUCUGAUUGGCAGCUGCACCAACUCCAGUUACGAGGACAUGGGCAGAGCGGCCUCUCUGGCUAAGCAGGCUCUGGAUAAAGGUCUGAAGUGCAAGGCUCAGUUCACAGUCACCCCUGGUUCUGAACAGAUCCGUGCCACUAUCGAGAGGGACGGUUAUGCCAAGAUCCUGAAUGAUGUUGGCGGAAUCGUACUCGCCAAUGCUUGUGGACCCUGCAUUGGACAGUGGGACAGGAAGGACGUGAAAAAAGGCGAGAAGAAUACUAUCGUCACGUCCUUCAACAGGAACUUCACCGCCAGGAAUGAUGCUAACCCAGCUACUCACGCUUUUGUCACUUCUCCUGAGAUUGUCACUGCUAUGGCCCUCGCUGGGACCCUCGACUUCAACCCAGAGACUGACUUUUUAACCGCUCCUAAUGGAGAGAAAUUCAAGCUGGAACCUCCCACUGGUGACGAGCUCCCCUCCAGAGACUUCGACCCGGGCCAGGACACCUACCAGCACCCCCCAGCUGAGAGCAGCUCCGUCAGGGUGGACGUGAGCCCCUCCAGCAACCGUCUGCAGCUUCUGGAGCCCUUUGACAGUUGGCAUAGAAAAGACCUGGAGGACAUGAGGGUCCUCAUCAAGGUGAAGGGAAAGUGCACCACUGACCACAUCAGUGCUGCCGGGCCCUGGCUGAAAUUCCGUGGUCACCUGGACAACAUUUCUAACAAUCUGCUGAUCGGUGCCGUCAACAUUGAGAACGAUGCCGUCAACAAGGUCAAGAACCAACUGACAGGAGAGUACGGAGGUGUGCCGGAUGUGGCCCGCCACUACAAGGCCAAUGGAGUGAACUGGGUUGUGGUUGGAGACGAGAACUAUGGAGAAGGCUCCAGCAGGGAGCAUGCUGCCCUGGAGCCACGGCACCUGGGAGGACGCGCCAUCAUCGUCAAGAGCUUUGCCAGAAUCCACGAGACUAACCUGAAGAAGCAGGGCCUGCUUCCUCUGACCUUUGCCGACCCCCAUGACUAUGACAAAAUUCGCCCCAAUGACAAGAUUUCAAUCAAUGGCCUCAAAUCCUUAGCCCCCGGCAAGCCCCUGACAGCAGUGAUCAAGCACUGCGAUGGCAGCCAGGAGUCCAUCUCUCUAAACCACACCUUCAAUGAGACACAGAUUGAGUGGUUCCAGGCCGGCUCCGCCCUCAACAGGAUGAAGGAGCUUAUGUAGUCGUUGGCGAGGAGGAAGACGGGGCCUGAAGGGGCCUUUGAGUGGGUUGAGAAGGGGAGAAACAUGGGCCUAGAGAGGGGCUUUGCAAAGAGCGAGAGAUAAUUUUAACAGUAGAUGGUAACCAGGCUCGAUUUGGGGACAGCUGCAGUCAAGAACACACAAACACCCCCACACACAUACAUGAGGUCGCUGUACAGAUGAAAAGCGCACACAGACAUACACACAAACACAUACAUGCACAGACAGAAUUACUGUGAAAGAAAUUCCAUUCGACAGGCAGACUUACAUAAAGCUCUCAAACAAGUGCACACAACUGUACAGAUUAGCAGUGCGCAUCAUUCACUCAAGCAGCACAAUUUAAAAUAAGAUUUGUGAAAGCUUAUUUGUUCAUUUAGCUUUAAGGUGAACACUUCAUACACACAUGCUCAUCUUUUCUCCAUUGAACAAUGUGGUACUUUCCCCUUCUUUUGACACAUUGGUAUCACUACUCUUUUUCAUUGAAAGGCGGAAGUUGUUUCCAAGUAUAACUCUGCAGAAACCGUCUUGUUUGAAACAUUAACAUAAAAAGCGUCAUUACCGGCAGUACUGUAAAACAUAUAUGAUGACCGUAUCUAACUAACCUGACUCACAGUAUAUUAUUCAAAAAGUUGGUUAAGCAGCUAAAAGCUUCACACUUUAAUAUAUUUAACUCCUCACCUCUUAAAUAUGGUACCAUCCAAACAGCUCAAUAAGCUAACUGAGUUGUUUAACUCAAAUGUACAUUUCCCUUAUUGUCUCCAGCCCUGUCACCUGAAGUACAUCCUGCUGACCUAAUGGUGAUGAACUUCAGGUUAUUUUAUUGCUUUUCGAUUCAAUAAUUGUGUUUCUCAGUUAUUGUUGAAUCAAUCCAAAGUGUUGAACACAUUACCAGGCUCACUUAUUUACCCUGCUUUCACUCUGUCUUUCGUGUUCAUGCUGCCUUAGUUGCGCUUCUCAUUUCCAUCAGCCAACAUGCAACUCCCCUGAUGCUCUUCUCAUGCUCGCUUCCUUGUCCCUUUAGUCUUUUUUGCUUGAUGUAACACCCCCGUUGUGUGAAAACAUUUCUUCAGGGCCAUCUCUCUUUGACUAUGGCGAAAAAACAGAGCACGUGCCGCUGUUGUGUUCGCACUAUUCUUUGACAUUUUCUUUCUGUCAAUCUGUUGUUUGUCUUUCGUGUUUGUGUGUGUGUGUGUGUGUAUGUGUGUGUGUGUUAGACGCAUGAUUGUUUUAAUCAGGUUAACAUCGGUCUGUGUGUUUGCCUCUCCCGCUUUGCUCCUGCUGCCUCUCUUAUUGUAUUCACCAGGCCGGCUCAUGCUGUCCAAACCACAACCUGAUGUUUGGUUACAUACUCUGUAAUCAGGUUUCUGUUGCAAGACGGUAAAGAUGCAUGGGCAAGAUUUUAAUGUAAAUUCGGGUGUAUAGACACGAGGAAUCCUUAGUGCCCAUUGCAUAAAAGAAAAGCAACCACUGUGUAAUAAAAGCUGCUUCUAUACAACCACGGUCACGCCAUGUCCAGAGAAACCUCCACACUUGUGUAGUAGAUAUUCAAUCUUCUGUAGAGCUUCACAAAUCAGUUGGUCAUCAGACGUUGUGUGGACGUUGUGUUAUGUUGUCGUGGUUUUCUCUUUUUAAUUCCCAGUUCCCAGUGAAUCUUUUUUUUUCCAGGUUGAGGUUUGGUCCUCCACUGCACGGGAAGGCCUGCAGUCUUCUUACUCAAACUAACGCACAAUCUAGUGUCCAGUUGCCUGAACACUUUGUAGCACUUUGUAGAGUUAGCAAUGUCGUUUUUAGAUGUGCUUCGCUCUUCGUCGUUUUUUCCCUCAUUUCCAAUUUUCCUCUUCAGUGUACAUCUGUUUUGUGUUAGUCUAUGGAACUGAAAUACAACUAGUGACAUUCAUUAUUAUAAGUUUUGAGACGACAGAUAGACAUAGAUUUGUGUUCAUUCUUAUAUAUAAACCAGAGUCUUUCCAUUAUGUAUACCUAAUAUGCACCACUGAAGUGUGAUUAUAUUUUUUUGUGGGAUUAGGGAUAUUUGAGGUCGUUGCUUCUAUGAUUUAUGUGAGAUUGCCGCUGGUCCUGAGUGUUUAGUUGUCCUCAUGAAAGUCUAACUCUGUCACUUUUUUAAUCUGCUGUUGCAGAUAAAGUUCCUGAAGUAAAUCCUUAUGUACUAAAAAGUCACUAAGUUUGUGAUAUAUAGCUGCACUUCGUAUAGGGAUGUGAUUGUGUACAUAAUGAAGCGUUACUAACAAAGAGAAAGAGAGCAAGUAACAUGCUGUAUGCUGCCUCUGUUUAUAUAAAUAUAUAUACAAAUACUGUAUAUAAUAUUAUAGAGUCCCUCUGUUAAACCUAAUGGUUUCACAGAUCGGAUGACGUGGAUUGUGGGUUGAAUGAUUGUACAAAUAUUGGAUUGUAGCUGCUGGUUGCCGCUGGGCUUUGACAGUGGAAAGGGACUAAUAGUUAUUUUUCUGAAGGUGAAAAGGACUUUAAGGACCUUUAAGACAUAUGUGACUGCUCCUAAAGUUAGCUGUUUAUAUACUCAACUGCCCACCACUUUGAGAACCAUCGUAAAACCUGUUUAACGUCCUCACUGAGCUCAUAUUGUUGAUGGUUACACACUCCUAAUCAGUGUAUUUACAUGCCAAAGAUGCCAAAUAAGAUUGUUAAGGAAUAAUGGUAACCCAGGUUUUGUGUUAAAAAAACAAAAACAUUUUCAGAUGACAUGUCAAAAGUAUCACCAUUUCCAUAAUAAUUUGAUUGUGUACAGAGUGUUGUUUCAUGCAGAAUUGACCAGGAUCUUCAAAAAUUACUGAUCUGAUCCACAUCUGUCCUCUGUCAGCAUGUCUUACAGCUGCUUGUGAGCAUUAGUCAGUUUGCUUUUACUGUAACGCAAGAAUCUUCCUUGUUCACUGGUUCAGCCCUUAUUCAGGCCUCAGGUUCAGUUUUAACAGCGCUACUGUGAACUGACAAAUGAAAUGGUGUUGGUCAUUGUGCGGUGGCAUGCCCAUUGUGUCACUUUGCACUCAAGAGUACUCUGUUUUGGUCAGGCAUCUUCUGAUUGGUUUGAAUUUGUUAAAAUCAAUUCUUAAUCAUUCUGCAUUUGAUGCAGCAUAUAAAACUGUAAAAUGAACAGAUGUUACUUCACCCCGAUGAUUCCCUCACACUCCUGUUUUAACAUUUCACUUGAUUUUUGUAAAAGAAGCUGAUUCAAAAUGCCUGCAGUUUUGUUGCCUGCGAGAUUGAAAAUAUAUGUCAUUAUAAAUGGUAAAUUAAUAAAAAAUAAAAUUCUA